AUGUCAUCAGACAGUGAUAUUGGGCUUGCCGCUAAGAAGGACGAUGAGGGAAAACCAGUUCAAAUUAGCACCUCUACCGUUAAAGUUGCCGCCACAAUUAAGAAAGUAGCUAAACCUAUUACUAAACCUUAACCUAAGACUACUGCCACUGCUAUAAAGGCUUCUACAAAGGUUAGUGAUGAGAUAAUGAGUAGUGGUGACGAAGGAUCGGUCAAGUCCAAAGUCACAACGAAAUCGUUCAAUCUCUCUCACCAUUAACAUUGUUUCUCUAGAGACUGUAAUGGUGCUUUAAUUACUGGUAACAGUUGGUCUAAGCAAAACGAACGCAAGCAUAGAGAUGCUAUUCUAUCAUAUAAAGCUUGUACAGGAUCAGGCUGCAUGAAUUGUAUACAAGGACCUAAGCCAAAAUUACCCAGAGUAAUCAAGUACUACACCUGCUCACAGUGUGAGGAAGAUAGAUGCUAUGAUAGAUUCUCUGCUGGGAAAGACAAGUCGGUUUGUUUUUUCUGUCUUGACGGGAAAUCUUGUAGAGGUUCCAUUAAAGGACUUGAAAAAGAAAGUCUCAAGCAGGCUAUUUUAGAUAAACUUCCCCAAUAAACUAUCUUAUAGCAACUCAAUGAUACUGAUAAUGAUAGUAUCGUUGCUUCUGUAGAGUCUAGUAGCUCCAAGAGACAGAAGAAUGCUACAACAAUGGCAAUUUUUGAGUAAAAUCAUAUCGAAAUCGAUAUAAUCAGGCGACUUAAAGCCAUCGAGACAAAUACUAAAAGCGUUCAUAUAAAUGCUUCAGUUGUUUAAGAUACUUGUCAUAAGUUUAGCAAAAAUCCGUUGAUCGCAUUCUUCUCCAAAAAUAUUAACGCGCCAGUAGUUGAUUGUAUCAAUGAAGUACUUAAGAGGGUAAAGUCCCUAGAUAGUGAAUAGAUGCUUGGACUACUAUGUGCUUCAUUUGCUUUAGGCCACACCUCAUGGAUAAGAGCAACCGUAACUUUGAGCCAAAUGGAAUUAACUUUAAGAUCAUAGACUUUAUUAGAGUGUAUGGUGUUCAACAUAUUGGAACCAUAUGGGCGAGGAUUAGUUUUUACUGUUAAUAUCCUCAUGAACAUCCUUAUGGUUUCCCUUUGUUCUUAAGUUAGUGAUGAUAUAGAGGAAUACAUUAAAGUUAUAUCAUCCUUCAUAAUAAAGGCUACUGAAUCUUAUUAGCUGUUGGUUGAGACCCUGCAAGCAUCUCCUAAGCAGAUGAAGAUUAAAUUUAGUGCAUUAAAUAUUCUAUCAUCAAUGUUGCAGGAUGAAUCGUAUGCUCCAGCAAUCCGUUCAAUAAAGGAUUUUUUGGUUACUAUUCCAGUCGCCAAAUGGAAAGAAUAAAUUGAACUUGCGCAUGCCACUUCCACAGUUAUUGAUGGUGACACCAUAUAGAAAUCACUUAAUGAGUUCAUCCCCAAGUAUGGCAAGCCAGAUCCUAAACUUGCUGCUGAUCUGUCUCUUGCAGGGGAUGUCCGCUUCCAGUUCUUUACCAAAGUCGUGUUGAACCCUCCCAACUACAAGCAGUUUGCAGUAGCUCAGUACUGCAUUGGUUUGCUCAAGACUUAUCACAGAUAAAUGUGGUGCGUACCUUCUGGCUAAGGUAAAGGAAUAAUUGAGCAUACACUAGCUGUUUUCGCAUUGCUGCUUGGAUUCUCAAAGGUCUAUAUCAUCUACCCUUUUAAGUAGCUCUGCGAUAGAGAUGCUGAUGAAUUCUCAACCUAUCUAGAUUUUGUGGCGAUCGGAGAUAAUGAGCUCGCAAUAUUUGAUGAAGGCGAUGCUAUCAUGUAUAAUGAUCCUGACAAAUUCAGAGACUUUGUUUCCAAUUGUUUAUGUAUUUGCUUCACAGCCACUCCAGAUGACUAAGAUCCUAGAGGUGUAGACAUAUAAGUUCUCAAAACUAUGACAUUUCCAACCUUCUACUAUUUGAUGAAUGUUCUCGAGCGAAUAGUAAAGUUCAAUUUUGACCUUGAGUUGCCAGCAAUGCCUGUUACUGAAAAGGCUGCUGAAGUUAAGAAGCUCUCUUAAACUGGACCUGUUGUUGUCCACUGUACCUCUACACUGUAUGAAGAACUCAAGAAGCUUGAUCUGGAGCUGGUAGAGGCUGAUGAUAACGUAAACCAUCAGAUCUUGAGAACCCUCGGUCUGAAAGUUAACGACAAGUUCAGAGUUGCGGUGGCUCUCACAGUGGCUUCUAUCUAAAUCAUUUUAGAACAAGAGAGAAGCAAUGUAGGGCUACUACAGAUCACCUUUAAGGAUGUUGACCUGAUAGACUCCAAAGCUGAGCUCACAUACAAACUCAACUCAUUCAAGUUUUUGUAAGCGCUAUCCAGAAAGACUAUCCAAAUGAAGCAAAUUAAUGCAACAGAUCUAACAGGGUAAAAUAAGAAGACACCAGCAGUUACAGGCAAGACAACAGCAACAAUGCAAGACAAGAAUCCUACAACAGGGCAAAUUAAGACAUCUUAUUAAGGGUCAAUGGGUAGAAAAAGAACAAAUGCACUAGUACCAUAGUUGUUGGAAUAGAAGCAAGGGUCUAUUGAAUAGACACCACAGCCGUUAGAGUGA